CAAAAGCAAAAUGCAAGCGAAACCAGAGUGCAUAACUUGUGUGCUGACGAUCGUACUUUUGUGGUGGGGAUCAGCUGCAGACGCAGAGCUGAAUCUGCUGAACUCAGGAUGCAGCCAAUACAACGUCACCAACUUCAGAGACUUCACCGGGGACCUCAACUCCACCUUUCUCCGGCUCAGGGAGCAGCUCAACGACGACAGCCGACAUUUCGCUACGGCGGAAGAAGCGAGCGGGGUGUAUGCCAUGGUGCAGUGCAGGAACUACCUCUCCCGAGUCGACUGCUUGGCUUGCUUCGAUGCCGCCGUGGCCGAAAUCCGUCGCUGCUCUGCUGCCAACGGUGCUCGUGUCAUCUACGAUGGCUGUUUCCUUCGGUAUGAGAGCAACAACUUCUAUGACCAAUACACUCAGGAAGGGCACACCAUGAUCUGCGGGAAUAAGUCGGCAUCGGAGCCUAGUGCAUUCGCAGCAACCGUGCAGGACUUGCUGGCAGAUCUUCAAGUGGCCACACCAAAGAUUAGUGGUUACUUUGCAGCAACUGAGAAGGAAGUGGUCGGCGGUGGAAACGCAACCGUGUACGGCGUGGCACAGUGUAUCGAAACCAUUGCUGAAAGUGGGUGCCGAGACUGCAUGCAAGUGGCGAAUACCGACAUUCAGCGAUGCCCUCCUAAUACCGAUGGUAGAGCUAUGGAUGUAGGGUGUUUCCUGAGGUACUCCGACUCUCCUUUCUUUGCCGACAACCAGACCAUCGACAUCACACCCUUCUUGACAACUCCAAGUAGUUCAAGCACAAGGAAUGGCAUUAUAGGAGGGUUGGUGGGAGGUGUUGCACUUCUUUUGCUUCUAAUAACAUUGCUUGUCUGGUUUAAACGAUCGGCAGCCUCAAACGACCUACCAAUCAGAGGUGACAUCUUAGGAGCAACGGAGUUACGAGGCCCCAUAAAUUACAAAUACAAAGAUUUGAGUGCUGCUACUAAAAAGUUUAGCCUCCAAAAUAAAUUAGGAGAAGGUGGUUUUGGUGAAGUAUUCAAGGGUGUGUUAAAGAACGGGAAAACAGUUGCCAUUAAGAAGCUGGCCAUAAUGCAAUCACAGAGAGCAAAGUUAGACUACGAAAGUGAGGUGAAGCUAAUAAGUAACGUUCAUCAUAGGAACCUUAUCCGUCUUCUUGGAUGUUGUAACAAAGGACCCGAACUUCUCCUCGUCUACGAAUACAUGAAAAACAGCAGCCUCGACAAAUUCUUAUUCGGUGAAGGACGAGGUUCUCUGAACUGGAAACAAAGAUGUGACAUAAUUCUGGGCACCGCGAGAGGCCUCUCGUAUCUGCACGAGGAGUUUCAUGUAUGCAUCAUUCAUCGAGAUAUAAAGUCGAGUAACAUCCUUUUGGACGAUGAUUUCCAGCCUAAAAUAGCUGAUUUCGGGCUAGCGAGGCUUCUGCCUCAGGACAAGAGCCAUCUGAGCACCAAAUUUGCUGGGACCUUGGGAUACACAGCGCCGGAGUAUGCAAUCCAUGGACAACUAUCAGAGAAGACUGAUGUGUAUAGCUAUGGGAUUGUGGUGCUUGAAAUUGUAAGUGGACAAAGAAGCCAUGAGACCACGGGCGAUCCUGAUUCCUUCCUCCUCAAAAAGGCAUGGACAUUGUACGAGAAUAACAUGCACCACCAGUUAGUGGAGGAAAGCUUGGAUGGGAAAGAAUACGAGGUAGAGGAAGCGAAAAGAAUGGUGGAAAUAGGAUUGAUGUGCACACAAUCAGCGGCGGCGUUGAGGCCAAGCAUGUCCGAGGUAGUUGUGUUACUGAAGAGCAAAGGGUCAUUGGAAAGCAGACCACUCACAAGGCCUACCAUCAUUGAUUCAACUGUGGGAGUAGAAGCAUCCACUUCCACCGCCUCCUCCGCCUCCGUUGCCACCCUCUCCAUCACUCAAAUCUCAUCUCGCUAACUUCCUACACAUUUUGUAAAUUUGAAUAAUUACA